GACAGAAGAAGAAGUUUCCGAGCGGAAGACACGUUGUUUAAUUCCGAGUGGCUGGAAAGUGGACAGAGAGAGAGCAACAGUUCAAACAAACAGCACUAAAAACAGCGAUAAACAUGGCCGGUACGGCUUCAGUAGCAGGUGAAGUGUUCGUGGAUGCUCUGCCAUACUUUGACCAGGGUUACGAUGCAGCAGGUGUCAGAGAGGCGGCUGCAGCUUUGGUGGAGGAGGAGACCAGAAGAUACCGACCCACCAAGAACUACCUGAGCUAUUUGCCCACACCUGAUUUCUCUGCUUUUGAGACGGAAAUCAUGAGAAAUGAAUUUGAGAGGCUGGCAGCUCGACAACCCCUGGAACUCCUCAGCAUGAAGAGAUAUGAGCUUCCCGCCCCAUCAUCAGGACAGAAGAAUGACAUCACAGCAUGGCAGGAGUGUGUGAACAACUCCAUGGCCCAGCUGGAACACCAGGCGGUUCGCAUUGAGAACCUGGAGCUCAUGUCGCAGUAUGGCACCAACGCAUGGAAAGUCUACAAUGACAACUUGGCUUUCAUGAUUGAGAUGGCUCAAAAGGAACUUCAAAAAUUCAGGAAGCAAAUUCAGGACUUAAACUGGCAGCGAAAGAACGAUCAGUUGGCAGGAGGAGCCAAACUCCGAGAGCUGGAGUCAAACUGGGUGUCUCUCGUCAGUAAGAACUAUGAGAUCGAGCGGGCCAUCGUCCAGCUGGAGAACGAAGUGGGCCAGCUCAGACAGCAGCAGGGGGACGAGAACAAGGAAAACAUCCGACAGGACUUCUAGAGCCACACAAGCUCUUCCCCCUCACAGCGCUGACUGGACUUUACAGCUUGAUGGUCCCACGACAAGGCCACAACCAAUCUCAAAAGACUGAUUGACUUCUCUGACCUAACUGAACCGAACUCAUUGGGAUUAAAUUCAGCACCAAUGUUCAGCGUCUUCACUGUCAGGUGUGGUGCAGGCAGGUCAUCCAGUUUUGGUCCACAAGUUCACAUAUUUGUGAGAUCCAGCCGGAGGGAGGGAAGCUCAGCUGCAUCUUCUCAGGCUGAAUUUGGAUGUUCAGUGGAGGCUUCCCGGAUAUCUUGAUGACAUGGCAUCUUACCAGAGAGACUGUCUUCAUGACAUUUUCAACCCACUGUUGGUUAAAUGUGGUUAGGUCACAUUGGCGUUUAAUAGAGAAAACCUUUUUACCAGCUUGUAUGUUUUGGUUGAUUCACAUGUUCAGAUAUGAGAGAUGAAGUGUCUCCAUGUUAGACCAAUGUUAUUUUUAUGCUGUUGUAAUAAAAUGAACGUUUUGUUCUUCCUCUUA